AUGGCGCUGGACUUCGACCUGCUCCUCACUCGUGUGAGAAAAACGCCGUCUUUAUGGCGCACGACGAAUAAGAGUCCCGGGAUGGAGCUGACGCGAGAUGACGUGUUUAUGAUUACAGCAGCGGCUCUCGGGAGAGAGGUGUAUAGUUUAGAAGUUUCAUCUAAGCUCGCUCAGACUAAACAGAAGCUCCAGCACUGGGUGGUCCACUACAAGCGGAAUAACGGCUCUGCUGAAUUAUUCGAAAAUCAGAAGAAGAAAAAGAAGAAGAAGAAAAAGGAGAAGAAGAAGAAAAAGGAGAAGGGGAAGAAGAAUGAGAAGAGGAAGAAGAAGAAGAAAAAGGAGAAGGGGAAGAAGAAUGAGAAGAGGAAGAAGAAGAAGAAAAAGGAGAAGGGGAAGAAGAAUGAGAAGAGGAAGAAGAAGAAGAAAAAGGAGAAGGGGAAGAAGAAUGAGAAGAGGAAGAAGAAGAAGAAAAAGGAGAAGGGGAAGAAGAAUGAGAAGAAGGAGAAGGAGGAGGAGCGGAAGAAGAAGAAGGGACAAAGAAAAAAAAUAAGAAAGAACAUCUCAGAAGAAGAAAGAGCGAAAGGCAGGGAAGAAAAAAGACAAAGAACCCCACCCCAAGAAACAGAGGAUGGAGAAUAAUAAAGCAAGGGAAGAAUUUUUUUUUUUUAAAAAGGGAGAAAUGAAAAAAUAAAGAAGAAAACAGAAGAUGAAGGAAGAAAUUAAAUGAAAAAGAAGAUCAAAUAAAAUAAGAGAAGAAAAAAGCAAAAGAAAAAGAAAAAUAAAUAAAUAAAGAAGAAUCAAAACAAGAAGCCAAAAAAAUGGUGGUGGUGUUAAAGGAAGAAAGAAUUAAAAACAUACAGCGGAGUGAACCACGGAGAAAAAAGAAAAGUCUGAUCAUUAAAACGACCUAAAUAAAUAAAUAACUCCGGACCGUGUGUUUAAACCAAAAUAACGUACAGAAUAACAGGAGAGAGAGAGAGAGAGAGAG